AUGGGUUGCUGCUUUUCCACCGCCGCCCACCAACCGAAGAACCACGACUCCGACAACGACGAGCACAACCAAGACACCAAUGUCAACCCAGCCGAGGACACCAAUGUCAACCCCGCCGAGGACACCAAUGUCAUCCCCACCGAGGACACCAACGUCAACCCCGCCGAGGACACCAAUGUCAUCCCCACCGAGGUGAUGGCCCUCUCAGAAUACGGAUGGAACUACGUCACGGAACAACAUCAAGAGGGAACAACGCCAUUCCGCCAGUACACUCUUCAGGAGUUAAUGGCGGCGACGGAUGGAUUUUCCGAGCAGAAAUUUCUCUCAAAAGGCGACGGUGAAAUCCCAAACAACACUUACAGCGGCCUCCUUCCUGGGGGCCGGCAAAUCGCGGUCAAGAAUUUCUCAUUGUUGGCCUGGCCUGAUGAAGAGCAGUUCAAGGUGAUGGCGAUUAGAGGGGGAAGGUUGAGACACCGGAGGCUUGUGAACUUGAUUGGGUACUGCUGCGAUGAUGAUGAGCGGCUUCUUGUGGCGGAGUUCAUGCCCAAUGAUUCACUCGCCACGUAUCUUUCCAACCCUAAAAAAAGAACCAUGGAGUGGUCUAUGCGCUUAAGAGUCGCACGUUAUAUAGCAGAAGCCUUGGAAUAUUGCAUCAAUGAAGCACAAACUUUGUAUUUUGAUCUAAAUCCAAAUAAAGUCCUCUUUGAUGAGGCUGACAAUCCUUGUCUUUCUUGUUUCGGUCUAGCGAAAAAUCACAUGAGACGUAGAUGUUACCGCACUAACAUUUCUUACACACCUCCAGAGUGCAUAACGAGGAUUGACAGAUCAUUGCCUGAAAUUCAUGUAGUGGGAAUGAUCAUUCCUGAAAGCAUGAUAUACAGCUUUGGCAUUAUGCUACGAGAUCUACUUAGCGGAAAGCAAAUUCUGGGAAUCGAGGCAGUAAGGCUGAUAUUGGGUAAAAAAAUCCCUAUCAUUCUAGAUUCUCGUUUGAAUGGUGAAUAUUCUAUUGAAGAGGAAACUGCUUUGGUGAAACUUGCUCAUCAAUGUUUGGAACAGAGUCCUACUAGCCGACCCACUAUAACAGAUGUUAUCGCAACAUUUGCACAAAUUCAAAGCAAUAAUGCAGGACCAUCUAAUUCAAUGCCAGGGAUUGACGAGCAAGAUACAUAAAACCUCACUUUUUCUGAGCAUUCCAAAGCAAGAUACCAGACAAGCUGUACAAACAUCACAUUUUCACAUUUGCCAAAAGCCAAAAAUUGAAAUGAACUUUUGCAUCAGAAACACCUAUUCCUUACUACAUUGAUUUGUUGGUGUAUAUAGAGAAGUGUGAAUA